AAUCCCUUUAUUACCAUAUGUGUGAAAAUUAGAUAUAAAGAACGAGUAAUUGUGUUCAUAACUGACCCCCGUAUCUAGUGAAUAAGGAAAGUUUGUUUCGUGGAUUUUACAUUAAUUUGUGAAUGACAAGGCAGUGGAGACUCAGUGCCAGCUAACUUGAAUCAGCUACAAUGGCACAAAAUGGUUCUUCAGAUGACUCCAGUGAAAAACGUUCAACCUUGAAACGGAAGAGAAGUUCUACUGAUGAUGAGGUUGAGAAUAUGCCACCUUCGAAAAUGUCACUAAAGCUUGAAGAGGAACUAAAUGACCAACCUGCGCAACAUGUGGUUGUAGAAUCAUCAUCUUGUUCAAGUGAUGAUGAGAGCUCCCAGCUUGGCAACAUUGAGCAGCCGAGGAGUGUGUUCACAGAUAUUGACUACAACCCUGACAGCUUACUAAGCCCACCGAGUUUACCAGAACUACCCAACUGUGUUUUGAGUCCCUUAGAAAAUGUUGCCAGGGGCGACUCUACACCACACACAAAUAAGAGGUCAAGUACAAGCAAAUCGCAAUGCCCAAGUACGCCAAAACGGAAAUGUCCACUGCCAGGAUUGUCAUGGGCGGACCCGGCGGACGUGUGGAAGAGCAUGUGCGAGUGCGACACGCGCGCCGCUAUGAAGAGAAACCCGCAUAUGUUUGACAACCACCCCAGUCUUCAGCCACGUAUGCGCGCUAUACUGCUGGAUUGGCUAAACGAGGUGUGCGAAGUAUACAAAUUACACAGAGAAACGUUCCACUUGACCGUCGAUUACGUGGACCGCUAUCUGUCUAACACAGUCGACAUCCAGAAAGGAAGAUUGCAGCUAAUAGGUAUAACAUGUCUCUUCGUGGCAGCGAAAGUAGAAGAAGUGUAUCCCCCCAAAAUAGGUGAAUUCGCGUACGUCACAGACGGCGCGUGUACCACAGAAGAAAUCUUACUAGAAGAGCUACUGAUACUUAAAAUAAUGUCAUGGAGUAUCACGCCCAUUACGACAAACAGCUGGUUGAAUAUGUACAUGCAAUUGGCGAGUGAAGGAAGAAGUGCGAAACGGAGGUUACUAGGUGAAAGCGACGUUGGAGCAAAUGCACUAAGAGGGUACACAUUUGUGUUUCCCCAAUAUUCCUCCUUAGAGUUUGUACAAUGCGGUCAGUUGAUCGACUUGGCUGUGCUGCAUGUGGACGUGAAUCAGUACUCGUACAGUUCUGUAGCAGCGGCCGCUAUGGCGCAUGCAUUUAAUAAGGAUUUAGCACUUAGGGUAUCAGGGUUCAGCUGGGAAUCACUAGAGCCGUGCUACCGAUGGCUCGCUCCGUUCGUGCAAGUGGUCCGCGAGGAAGGCGCCGUGUGCGUAGUGCGCGGCGGCGACGGUGAGUUCGUCCAGCGGGCGGCGGGCCUGGACCUCAUCUGCCCCGAUCUCAACGCUGACGAGAGCCAUCGCAUACAGUCCCACAAUGUUACCCUUGACAUGUUUGAUAAAGUAUACCAACACCUCAUAGAACAAACGAAUCCAGAAGAAGAACCAUCGGCGUCAACAUCACAAGACGUCGAGCAUAUCUACCCUCCGACGCCCCCUCAGUCAGACCAAAAAAGUCCCAAAACACCAACAACAAAAACACCCUCAACACGACAUCAAACGGUACCUGAAGAAUUACAUACGGAGAUUGAAUGAUCGACGGUGUUAACCUCCCACAUGUUGAGGUGUGUAUUUUUUGUUAUCGUUGUAUGGACAGCAAUCGACUUAAUGUAAAUAUUAAUAGGAGAGCGCAGAAGUGUUUAUCCAGUAUCUUGAUCAAUUUGUAUGAACGUGAUGUUAAUGGAACUCUUCCUUUAUAAUUCGCUCCAUACGGAUGCGUCAAUAAGCGUUAAGCUGAUGUAGGCGAAUCGCAUAUGUGUUGCCAUUUCGACCAUUCGGACCAACUGCAAUUGAAUGCUGAUAAACUUGAAUACAAUU